AUGCGUGGAUGGACAAAACUGAUGGUGGAACCAACAAUUACAGUAACAACAUCACCAACAACAACAGAAACAGUGUUAUCAACGACGGAAGCAACAUCAACUCGUUCUCCCUUACCGGUGUCUGGCGAUGGGAUUUGUGCUAGUGCAAAAUGGGAUCAGAAUGGUGUCACUGUGGCCGGAGGAAAUAAAGAAGGAUCCGCGCUGAACCAACUCGAUUAUCCUAAGGGAUUGUUUUUGGAUGAUGAUGCUAUCUAUAUUGCGGAUAAUCAUAAUUGCAGAGUGGUCAAAUGGACGCCUGGAGCUGCGAUUGGUCAAGUGGUGGCCAGUGUCAAGAAGCUAGAAGAUAACAAUUAUUUGUUCGACUUUGUGACAAGUGUUGUCGUCGACAAGAAUGGGACCAUCUUUAUUUGUGAUGAAGCUAAUAAGCAAGUGGAACGAUGGUUCAAGAAUGAUAAUCAUGGAGAAAUAGUCAUUGCGAAUAUUUCAUGUUGGGGACUGGCGUUGGAUAACGAGGGAUCAUUGUAUGUCUCUGCUUUUGAUCGUGUGACGAAAUGGCCUGGUAACGAGGUAGUCGCUGGCGGAAACGGACAAGGAUCUGCUCUAAAUCAACUCUACGCCCCACGUCACUUAUUUGUCGAUCAGGAGAAAUCAGUUUUUGUGGCCGAUUAUAUAAAUACUCGUGUGGUGAAAUGGCCCGUUGGUGCUAAAGAAGGAAUUGUCGUAGCUGGUGGUAAAGAACAAGAAAGUGGCGCCAAUCAGUUGAGUUUUGCUCAUUCAGUAGUCGUUGAUCAAAUGGGCACAGUUUAUACCGUUGAUUAUGGCAAUCACCGAGUCAUGCGUUGGUUCAAUGGUUUAAAAUCAGGCAGUGUCAUCAUUGGUGGACGAGGAGCAGGCAACGGGACAGCUCAACUAUCGAUGCCAUCUGAUUUGAAGUUUGACCGACAUGGAAACUUGUACGUGCUCGAUACUUGGAAUCAACGAGUUCAAAUGUUCGCCAUCGAUAAGAGUUCUUGCAUUACAGUGCCGAUCUCGACCUAA